CGGUUCUCUGCGACACUCUGCGGAGUCUGCUGUUGUGGUGGGAGUACUUACUUCCGCCAUGCUCUGCGGUUCUUUUCCUUCAUCAUUUUCUUGCGAUGUCUACACACAAGAAAAAGACCAGGAAGCUCCGUGGACACGUGAGCCAUGGCCACGGUCGCGUGGGUAAACAUAGAAAGCAUCCAGGUGGUCGUGGUAAUGCCGGUGGUUUGCAUCAUCACCGAAUCAAUUUUGACAAGUAUCAUCCCGGUUAUUUCGGAAAGCUUGGUAUGAGGAAUUAUCAUCUACGACGCAACACCAAAUGGUGUCCUACUAUAAAUUUAGACAAAUUAUGGACUUUGGUGUCUGAACAGACGCGACUGAAGUACAAAGAUGUUGAAGGCAAAGCGCCUGUAAUCGAUCUUGUCAAAGCGGGAUAUUACAAACUCCUGGGAAAAGGACGCCUUCCGAAACAACCUGUCAUUGUAAAAGCAAAAUUCUUCAGUAAACAGGCCGAGGAUAAAAUCAAGGCAGUUGGUGGUGCGUGUGUUUUGUGCGCGUAAUCAUCGAAAUUUCAAUCUCUAUAAGCGUAUACUUCACAAGUACUCAAACUUCACUGAAACGUGUGAAACAAAAAAAUCAAGAUUAAUUUAUGGAGGAUGUAUUUCGAUGAAAUAAACAUUUUUUUAAGCACA